AUGGAGCUCCCUUACUUCUGCCAAUAUGUUUGGAACCAAAUUGCAUAUCAGGAAAGAAAGCUAUAUUGUAUAUUGUUCUAUGCAUCACUUUGUUGUUUUGCAUUGGGUGGUGGUGCGGUUAAGGGAGCAUUGCCAACAUUGGGUGCUGAUCAAUUUGAUCAGAAGGAUCCAAAGGAGGCUAAAGCUCUUCGAAGAUAUUUUAAUUUGCUCAUGUUUAAUUCAGUGAUUGGUGGAGCAUUUGGGAUGACAUUUGUUGUCUAUGUUAGUACAGUUAAAAAUUGGUGGAAAGGUUUUCUCAUAAGUUUGGUUUCUGUCACACUUGGUUUUAUUUUCUUUGCCUUUGGAAAGCCUUUUUUUCGACUUCAACAACCUGCUGGCAGUCCACUUACUAGAAUUUUCCAGGUUAUCGUUGUGGCAACAAAUAAUGGAAAGCAGCAAUUACUAGAAAACAGUGAGGAGCUGUAUGAGAUUAGUGAGAAAGAAUGUGACUCAUCACAGCCAAAACUUGCACAUACUAAACAAUUCAGGUGUUUAGACAAAGCUGCAAUCCAUCCUAAAACAGGUGAGCCUACACCAUGGACAGUUUGCACUGUGACACAAGUUGAAGAAGUUAAAGUUCCAUGGGAAAAAAGUAGAUUCUUUUUUCUGCUCAAUUUUGGAGACGGACGGUUCAGUCCAAUUCCUCAUAGAUUUAGUCCUACGAACAAAAAGCUUAAACUUAAUGUUAAUUUGGUUGGUUUGUUGAAUCUAGAAAUAUCUCUUGCACUUUGA